AUGGGCAAACUAAUCCGUCUUGAGUUAUUCAACUUCAAGUCGUACAAAGGACAUCAUGUUCUUCUCUUCGGCGACUCAUACUUCACUUCGAUCAUUGGACCCAAUGGAUCCGGAAAGUCCAAUUCCAUGGACGCUAUUUCCUUCGUCUUGGGCAUCAAAUCGUCACACCUACGUUCCGCGCAUCUUAAGGACCUCGUCUACCGCGGCCGAGUUUUGAAAACAGCCAAGAUCAACGACGAUGGCUCUGCGCAAACCAACGGGGACGCAAAUGGCGACGGCGAUGAUAAGGCCUCUCGUGGUGAUCCAAAGACUGCUUGGGUCAUGGCUGUUUACGAAGAUGACGCGGGCGAAGAACAGAAAUGGAAGCGAUCCAUUACGAAUCAAGGCGCUAGCGAAUACCGAAUCAACGACCGCGUUGUUACUGCACAGCAAUAUAAUGAGUCUCUUGAGACUGAAAACAUCCUGAUCAAGGCUCGCAACUUUCUCGUAUUCCAAGGAGACGUGGAAGCCAUUGCUUCCCAGUCGCCACAGGAUCUUACGCGUCUGAUUGAACAGAUCUCCGGAAGUCUCGAGUACAAGGCCGAAUACGAAAAGACGCAAGCGGAGGCCGAGCAGGCUGCCGAAAACCAGAACUUCCAGCUUCAUCGACGACGUGGCAUCAACUCAGAAAUCAAACAAUAUCGGGAGCAGAAGAGGGAGGCAGAUAACUUCCAAAACAAGACUGAUGAGCGUGAUGCGGCCAUAGUCACACAUAGUUUGUGGAAGCUCUACCACUUCCAGAAGGCUAUGGACGACUCCUACGCCGCAAUCCAGGACCACCAGGAAGAUCUCAAAGAGUUACGCCGUAAUGUGGAAUCAUUUGAGAAGAGACUUGAUGCUGCCAGGAAAGAGCAGGCUGCCGCUAAUCGCCAAGUAACUCUGGUCGACAAGGAGAUCAAGGCCCAGGCGAGAGAGAUUGAAGACAAAGAACAUAGUCUUGUUCCAAUUGAAGAGAAGAUCAAGGAAUCGACUGCGGAAGUUAACCGGCUUCAAGCCCAGGUUGCUAGGUUCACCAAGGAUCGCGAUGAGCAGAUACAGAUUGUCCAGCAAGUUCAGAAGAGCAUCGACAGCGUGGAGAAGGCGCGCGAGGUCUUUGAAAACGACUACAAAGAACAAAUGAAGAAACAAGGUCGCGAGGUUAGCGAGGAGGACCGCCGAGAAUACAACAGACUUCGUGCCCAGCUCAUGUCUCGAACAGGCUCUAAUCAAGCCAAGCUUGAGAACCUCGAUCGACAGCGAAAGGCAGACGAGGUGACUGUAAACAACUUGAAAGGCAAAGUCGACAGUAUUGCAGCAGGCAUCGAUAAGAUUGAGGCAGAACUCACAAGCAUCGAGGAGCGCAGGACUGCAGCACAGAGUACCUCCAAAGAACUCUCACAGGAAAUUGAUGCCAAGAAGAAAGAGUUCAACCAACUCCAAUCGGAACGAGUCAGAACCAACCAGAAGCGGACUGAGCUUGAGGAAAAACUCGAGGAUGUCGCUCGAAAACUCAGGGAAGCCGAUGAUGGCCGCCGCCAAAACGACAGGGAGGCCAGAAUGAAAGAAAUGGUAACCUCCUUGAAACGUAUGUUUCCAGGUGUUCGUGGUCGUGUUGGCGAUCUUUGCAAACCAAAGCAGAAGAAGUUUGAUGAGGCUGUAAUUGUUGCACUUGGAAGAGACUUUGAUUCAGUUGUUGUCGACUCUGAAAAGAUUGGUGUUGAAUGCGUCCAAUACCUCAAGGAGCAAAGAUUUCCACCGAUGACAUUUAUUCCCUUGGACAAUAUCAAGGUGAACGCUGUCAACACCGCGGUCAAGGGUUUCUCCGGUGCAAGGUUGACGAUUGACACCAUCGAUUUUGAUUCCACUGUUGAGCGUGCUAUGUCAUAUGCGUGUGGCAGCUCCGUUGUUUGCGACACCCUCGAAAUCGCGAAGCACAUUUGUUACGAAAAGAAGAUCCCUGUCAAAGCUGUAACACUAGAAGGCUACAUCAUUCACAAGGCAGGUUUGAUGACCGGUGGCCGUGGCCCCGAAUCGAAAAGCAAGAGGCGUUUCGAGGAGGCUGAUGUCCAAAAUCUGCAACGGAUGGCUGCCAAGCUCAAGGAUGAGAUCGACCGACUUCCCCAGACUGAUCGCCGAGGUCAACAAGAAGAAACCCUGCAGAUAGAGUUAUCCGGACUCGAGAGACGAUUGGCAGCUGUCAAAGAUGAGCUGGCAGCCCUCAACAAAAACCAUGCGAGCAAGAAACGCGAGCUGGAUAAUCAGAGGAGGCAGCUCAGAGAGCUUGAGCCUAAAUAUCAAGAACAAGCCUCGCAGCUUGAGAGCACCACAACCACUUGCGAAGAGUUUCGAGAUGCUAUUGCACGGGUGGAGGAUGAAGUAUUCGGAGAUUUCUGUAGGCGACUUGGCUACAGUGACAUUCGUGCCUACAGGGAUUCCCAAGGCAAGCUGGAGCAGGAGGUUUCCGAGAAGCGCAACGAAUUUGAGGUUCAGUUGCAGAAGCUGUCUACUCGACUCGCAUGGGAACAACAGCGGGUGGGUAUGUCAGAAAAUCACAUCAACACGUCCCAAAAGUCGAUCCAACAUUUCAGGAAGGAGAUCAGGACCUACACUAAGACAAAGGAUGAGAUCGAAAAUGCCAUGAGCGAAGAACAAGAGGCUUUGGAGGCUCUUCGUGAAACACUGGAUGAGAACAAGUCGGAGCUUGCUGAGAAAAACCAGAAAGUGGCCGAGGCCAAGGUCGAGGUGCAAAAACGCUCCAAGGACAUCGAUGCACACAACCGAGACAUCAACGCUCUUGAGACGGUAGUCCAAAAGAACAGUUCAAGUAAAUCGUCUUUACUUCGACGAUGUCGUUUAGAACAAAUCCGCAUACCACUUGUUCAAGGUACUUUGGACAACCUACCUAACGAAGAUGAGCUGCUUCGCCAGGAUCCUGAUGCCAUGGAUAUCGAUGAAGACGAAGAAGAAAUGAUGGAUAUGGCUCUUGACGAUCAUGGAAUUGCGAUCGAUUUUGAUGGCCUCGACGAGGAUCUCAAAGCUUCUGAUGACCCAAGCGUUGAAGAAAGUCUGUCAGAGAAGAUUACAAACCUAACUUCUGAGCUGGAGAAGCUCAACCCCAACAUGCGAGCAAUGGAGAGGCUGGAGAGUGUUGAGACCAGACUUAGAGUCACAGAUCAAGAGUAUGAAGACUCAAAGACGGCAGCACAAGAGGCCAAAGAGGCCUUCAACGAGGUCAAGCAAAAGAGAUAUGACCUUUUCAACAAGGCUUUCAGCCAUAUCCAGGAGCAGAUCUCGCAUGUAUACAAGGACCUCACUCGAUCAGAAGCGUACCCCCUUGGUGGUCAAGCUUAUCUAGAUAUUGAGGAGGACACGGACAUGCCUUAUCUCUCUGGCAUCAAGUACCAUGCCAUGCCGCCUCUGAAGCGAUUCAGAGAUAUGGAGCAUUUGUCAGGUGGCGAAAAGACCAUGGCAGCACUGGCUCUUCUAUUUGCCAUUCAUAGCUACCAGCCCAGUCCUUUCUUUGUCCUUGACGAAGUUGAUGCUGCUCUGGACAACGCCAAUGUUGACAAAAUCAAGAAGUACAUCAAGGAUCACCGGGGUCCUGGUAUGCAGUUUAUUGUUAUCAGUCUCAAGGCAGGUCUGUUCCAGGACAGUGAUAGCCUGGUGGGUGUCUACAGAGACCAGGAAGUCAACAGUUCAAGAACCCUUACUCUAGAUUUACGACAAUAUGCGUAA